GGGAGGCAGAUGCGUGAAGACAAGAUGGACAGCAGAUGGGGGCUUUGCUGGGCUCUGCUCUUCGUACCUGCUCUUCACUGUACAGGAUUCAGUGUCUCUCAGCCUCAGGGCCAAAUGGAAGCAGAGGAGAGUAGCAAUGUCACUUUAGUGUGCGUCAUGUCCAGUGAGACUCCACUGGGACCAGCGAGGUGGUACAAAUGUGCUGGCAGCGAGCGCACACACUUCUACUCAGGAGCCCCCAAAGGAGGAGAUAAGAUUGACCCUCGAGUGACUUGGACAGUGAAUAACACGCUUCUCAACUACAGCAUCACAAUAAGAGACCUCAGAAUCAACGACACGGGAGAGUAUUACUGUGAGAAAUACACAAAGGGAGAGAAUGAGAACAAACCAUAUGCCUCAGGACCGGGGGUCAAACUGACUGUGAAAGGAUUUCCAGUUAUCCACGGUCCGACUAGCAGGGUGCAGGUGGGCGCCACUGUCAAUCUGUCUUGUGAAGCUGCAGGAUCCUCUGCUACUGAAAUUGAGUGGAAGAAGAACGACAGCAAAUUGACAUCAAAUACAGAAUCAAGUCUAGUCAGCCUGGUGGUGAACAAGAGUGACAUCAAAUCUGUCAUUGAAUGCCAGGUGUCUGGAUUCCCGAAGCUGUCAACCACUUAUAGCAUGAACUCCAUCAUUAUGGUUUUUCCUGAAAUGACCAUCAGUGGUGAGCCCAGCCUCGUUUUGGGCCAGUCAGCGACCUUCAAUUGCUCUGUCAGUGGAUUUUACCCUUCAGCUUUCAACGUGUCCUGGGUAAUUAAUAACAACUCUAUGAUGCAUGAGGGUGCCAAUGUAAAGGAGAAUGAUGAUGGCACCUUCACAGAAAGCAAAACUAUUACUUUAACAGCAACUGAGGAAUACCACCACCGUCAGCUGAUCUGCCAGGCAAGCCAUGAAGGCUUUGAAAAAGUUCAGAAAUCAGUAAUACUGAGUGUCAGAGCACAUCCAACGAUCACAGGGAAACCACAUAGAGUAGAAUCUGAGAGAAAUCUGACCUUAAUAUGUGAUUCUAAGGGGGACAAGAAUACUACCAUAACCUGGCAGAAGAAUGGAGCCCACAUAGCUGAAGGACAUACAGAGACAUGGGAGAAUGGCAGCAGGAACAUCUUAGUCAUGAAGAUUGAGAAAGAAGACCUUGGAUCAUGGAUCUCAUGCCAGAUACCAGGGUAUGGAAGAGACAAGGUGCUGUCUGCCCACCUCAACAUCAGCGACUUCCUUAUUGUUCACCCUAAUGUGACAAUCCAUGAAAACCCAAAACUCAUACUGGGACAAGUAGCAAACUUCACUUGCUGGAUCCGAGAGUUUUACCCUCGUAAUAUAAGUUUGCUCUGGUCCAAUGGCAGCACUUCAAUGGAGAGUUCAGAUGAAGUUAUGGAGAAUGAGGAUGGAACUUUCACAGCGAGGUCCUGCAUCACCUUCAACGUCAGAGAAGAGCACAGAGGCAACCAACUAAAGUGCCAGGCAACCUUUCAAGGGUCUGAGUCAGUUGAGAGCACCGUCACCUUGGGCGUAAGAGCCCAGCCGGUAAUCACGGGGCAUUUACAGAGGAUCAAAGAGGGGGACAAAGUAACACUGAGCUGUACGUCCAAAGGGGACACGGACACGGAUGUCACCUGGCUGAAGAACGAAAAUCUGCAAGUGAGAGGGCGAAGUGAAGCCUGGUCUGACGGCAGUAACAGCAGCUUCACCUGGACCUUUGGCAUGCCGAACAUCACAUCCAACAUCUCGUGUCUGAUCCCAGGCUACGAAAGAGACAAGAUGUCUCACACUGUGAAUAUCAGCGACUACAUUAUAGUUUUACCAAAUGUAGUCAUCAAGAAAGAAGUCCUGAGCCAAAAUAAUCAGUUUACAAGGGUCACCUGCUUUGUGGAGCAGUUCUAUCCGCAGAAUAUUAGCAUGGAGUUGCUGUGGGAGAGUCCAAGUGAAAAAUUCUACCGAAAUGAAACUCACAAAAACGCAGAUGGGACGUUCAGCACCUCGGCAUCAUUGGAAAUCGAGGUUGGAGAAGCAGCCAUCCCUGUUUCCUGUCGGACCCGCUACCAGGGGAUGAACCUCAGCAGCCUCACCAUUAAUGUGACCGAUGAAAGACAUCACGAAAAGACGACCCACAUGAUGACCUCUUUUAUCAUCCUGGCUGCUGUCCUCAUCGGUAUCCUCGCCUUAGCUGGACUUGUGACGCUACAUUUUAUCAGGAGAGCACACAGAAAGAGCACGUCUGGUGACAAUAGCGGUCCCACUGGCUUUACAGAUACUCAAAAGACAUCUUUGGAGACAUACGUGACAUACGCUGAGUUGGAUGUCAAAAAUUUCGAAAACAGAAAGAAAGCCAAAAACAACGAAAAUUUAACAGAGUAUGCUGAAAUUAGGGUUAAUGUGGUCCAAAGGGAGGAGGAUGAGAAUGAUGAGGCGAAUUAUGCCAAUCUGGACAGUCUGAAUCGCAACCGGAGGGAAGGGCCGAUGGCAUCUGCAACACAACAAAGUGAACACACAGACUAUGCCGUUGUUCAUUUUCAUCGACGCACUCAAGCAAAGUCAUAAUCUGAAAUGGACUACUGCGUGGCAAUUCUGUAAUUUGAGGCAAGCAAAAAAUGCAAUCCCAAUUUGUUUUCUGGUUGCUAAGAUAAAGGAAUGGAAAAGCAACGGUAUUAUGGAAACACUAUACGUCAUGACGAAGAGAAGAAAGCUACGACUUCAGCAAGCUCCUUCUCCUGCUGUUAAACCAAGUCACUUUCAGUUGCUCUCUGUUGGCCUUCAGUUUUAGAGAAGUUCAUUAUCUAGCGCUGAACAGAACUGUGAGGUUCGUUUAUGGGUAUCUAUUUUUGAAAUGUCUAGGAAAAACAGACUAAUACAACCAGAGGAACGAAAGAAAUUAUACUAGCAAAAGACGAUUCGGUCCACCAAGUUUAGCUAAAUGACAUUCUGAACCAAUUCAAAAUAAUCAUUAAAGCCCAGAAGAAAUUUUUACUGAUAACUGAAGGCUCAUGAGACUUCACGCAGAUUUUCAUUUAUGUUUCAUAAACGUAGUGGCGUAGUUCGAUUUUGUGCCGCUCGGGGCAGGCCGGUGCUUCAAUUUGCUGCCCUGCAACAUAUCUCAAUAUGUUAACCUAUUUAAAUAGAAAAUUAAAAAUGAUGUA